CAAGUCACGAUUUUCUGUCCUCCUCGGCUGGGCUCUGGCGCCCUUCUUCUCCCAGCCUUCUCCCUUAGCCCUGGCCUGGAGACGCUUCCUUAGCAACGGGUCGCCCUUGGCAACAGGAGGACGCGGGCGGGCUGACUGGGUUUCCCGCGCGUUCCUGGCACCUGCCUGCGGUGGGAGGCGCAGGCCGAGCCAUGUCGGAGAUCCUGUGCCAGUGGCUCAACCAGGAGUUGAAGGUGUCCCAGACCGUGAGUCCCAAGUCAUUUGCAAAGGCAUUUUCCAAUGGCUAUCUAAUUGGAGAAGUUUUGCACAAGUUUGCACUUCAGGAUGAUUUUGCAGAAUUUUCAGAAAGCAGGAUUUCAAGUGCCAAACUUAAUAAUUUUUCUCGCUUGGAGCCCACACUUCACCUUCUGGGUGUGCAGUUUGAUCAGAACGUGGCCCACGAUAUCAUCACAGAAAAGCCUGGGGCAGCCACAAAACUCUUAUAUCAAUUGUACAUUGCUCUCCAGAGAAAAAAGAAAAGUGUGCUGACUGGAGUGGAAAUGCAAACCAUGCAACCCCUGACAAAUACAAAAGUUCAAAACAUGAAAAGCGAGACUUUUCAAGAUCAACGCUUGAGCAGAAGACGACAAAAUGAAAUAAUGGCUAAAAUCCAAGCAGCUAUCAUACAGAUUCCUAAACCCGCAUCAAAUCGUAUUCUGAAAGCACUUGACAGUCAAAAAACGUUGAAAAAGAAAAAAGAGGCAGAGGAUGUGGCCAAUGAGAUUAAGAAGUUUGAAGCAUUAAUAAAAAAGGAUCUCCAAGCAAAAGAAAGUGCAUCCAAGACUUCUUUAGAUACAACAGGCCAGACAACCGCUGAUUUGUUAAACACUUAUUCGGAUGAUGACUACAUUAAAAAACUCCAAAAGCGCCUCGAAGAAGAUGCUUUUGCACGACAGCAAAGGGAGAAAAGACGGCGGAGACUCUUAAUGGACCAGUUAAUAGCCCACGAAGCACAAGAGGAGGCUUAUCGGAAGGAGCAGCUGAUCAACCGGCUGAUGCGACAGUCCCAGCAGGAGCGCAGGAUCGCCGUGCAGCUCAUGCACGUUCGGCACGAAAAGGAAGUUUUACGGCAAAACAGAAUUUUCAGGGAAAAACAAUAUGAGGAAAGACGGCUUAAAGAUUUCCAGGAUGCUCUCGAUCGAGAAGCGGCUUUGGCCAAACAAGCCAAGAUUGAUUUUGAAGAACAAGCCCUCAGAGUUAAGGAAAUUCAUGAGCAGAUCGCCAUGGAAAGGGUUCAGGCUCGUUACAGAAAGCAUUAUUCAAUAUGUGCAGAAAUUUUGGAUCAAAUCCUUGAUUUGUCCACUAAAGUGGCGGACUAUCGAAUGUUGACAAAUAACCUGAUUCCAUAUAAGUUGAUGCAUGAUUGGAAGGAACUGUUUUUUAAUGGAAAGCCCAUAUACGAGCAAGCGUCUCUUAAGCAUCUACCAGCUAAGCUCUCUGCAGAACAGCUUAUAGAACUGGAGAAAAGGGACUUGCUAGAUAACAAAGAUUAUGAAGACUAUAAGGUACCUACUGAUGUGGAAUAAUUAAAGAGAAUGCAACAUAAUAAAUAGUGUUGCUUUAGCAUUAAUUUUGUGACAUUAUUUCUUUUCAUCUCUACUAAUGAAACUGGGCAUUUUAUGUUUACAUUUUCCCUUGGUUUAAUUUGUAUUUAUAGUACUAACUUUUAAAUACCUAACCUAUGCAUAAUCUAUUAUCUGUUACUUCCAGUAAUACUAGAGGGUGGCCUGAAAAAAAAUUACACAUAAUACAAUAGGUAGAUUUCAGAAUUUUAAGGUUUUUCAUUAUUCAUUAGCAAUUUUCUUUGUGUGAGCUGUCUACCUUUGCUUCAAAACCCCUGAUUAAAUGUAUUUUUCUAGUAAUUUAUCUAAAUAGCAUAUUGUUCUCGGAGGAAAUGGAAGAAGAGGAGGUCUGGGUUUUCCAAGUAGUAUAGAUGAAAACAAAAUUUUAUUCAAUGAGUUUUUAAAAAGUAUGGGGUGCCAACUGUGCUUCUUAGAAGAGCUGCUGAAAAGCCUUUGGGGUAAACAGGCCAAGGUCCCAUUAUUGGCACUGCCAACUGCUAACUGUGAGACCUUAUGUGGCCAGUCCCUUAAGUGCUAAGAGUCUCGGUUUCACGAUAUAUGAAAUGGGGAUAAUAAUAUGAUUACCUUAUUUUGUUGUUGUGAAACUUAUUUAAGGUAAUAUGUGUUAAACACUUAAUCAAGUGCACUGAGUGUUGGAUGCAAAUAAUACGUACCAGUUUCUUUCCUCACCACCCUGUCCUCCCUACCCCACUUCAUCUCACUUUUAGUGGGAAAGAUGUGAAAUGAAUGGCUAUGGGUUAGAAGUUCUGGGUAGAUCAUCAGCAAUGGGGUGAAGAAUGAGGCUUUUAAUUAUUAGAAAUCUUAUUGAAUGAGUUUCAGAAGAGUAGUAAAUUCA